ACUCCUCACCAGUGGCGCUAGUUGCCAUUCCCAUUGUGUUUGUUUACGCUAUUUGUUGGUGACGCUGUUGUCCAUAAGGGUGCUCCUGCAGUCACUAGGCCCCGUCUGCGAGAAGCUGGAAUUGCCCCUUAGACCACCACCGUAUAGGUAGGCGAAAAAAAAACAGUGGGUGCAAUUGUAACAAUAUGUUAAUUAGUAAAUUAUAAUUCAUUAAUGAAUAAUAAUGAAAGCCACUGAUUGCGCAUUGUUAUAUAGAGCGUUGGGUGAGCGUAUCGUAUUUUUCGUCUUUAAGAAUAAAAAAACAAAAAUAAACACCAAUGUCGGUUAUAUUACGUGGAGCAGUGAAAUUAUACUAUUUUCUCAAUGAAGAAAUUGCUGAUUCCAGAACACAAGAUUGGUUUCUUAUGAGAUCACCAUGGUUAGGUCUGGGCAUACUAGCUAUAUACCUGAUGGCAGUAUUGAGAUGGUUACCAAACUACAUGAAGAAUAAGCCUGCCUUCGAACUACGCGAAAUUAUUGUUGCAUUUAAUAUCCUUCAGAUAAUUGGCUGCGGAUAUGUUUUUUAUCAGAGUCUAUCAUUAGCUUGGCUUAAUCACUACAAAUUGAUAUGUCAAUCGUCAAUAGACGAUGGACCAUAUGGAAUCGACAUCGCAUGGAGAGUCUGCUAUGGAUAUUUUAUGUUAAAACUAUUAGAUCUUCUCGAUACGGUAUUCUUUGUUUUACGAAAAAAACAGAAUCAAGUAACCUUCCUACAUGUAUACCAUCACUUUGGAAUGGUAGCUGUAUCUUGGGGAAUUGUGAAAUGGGUACCAGGUGGCCAUGGCAUGAUGUUGGUGACACUGAAUAGUUUCGUCCAUAUAAUUAUGUACUCGUACUACCUACUAACAGUGUGGGAUAGUUCUUAUAAAAAAUCGAUGUGGUGGAAGAAGCAUGUUACCCAAAUACAAAUUGCUCAAUUCACAUUGGUAUUGGCAUCUUUCCUAGCAACAGUUGUAACACAAGAUUGCGCAUUUCCACGACAGCCUGCCUACAUCCUUAUACCACAAAAUCUCUUCAUGGUUAUUCUAUUUUUAGAUUUUUACUACCGUUCGUACAUUAAGUCUAAACAGGAAUAAUGUUAUAUGUCUUUUUUAUGUAACCACAUAAAAUUGUAAAAUAGUAUUUCUAUUUUAUAUAUUUAGACUGUUUAAGAAAACAUACUUAUCAAUGUUGUUCGAAAAUAAAUUAUUGGAAUACAAA